CGCCGAAAGGCAGAGCAUUCCUGAUCAGGCCAAAAGCACGGACCUUUCUGACAUCAGCAUGCUCAUCAGAAAGGUGCUCCUCCUCUCAUUGGCCAUGUUGGUCAUGCUGGUGCACGGAGACAUCAACACCGACGACUCCACGUCCGAUGAAAUUUCCACAGCUCAAGCAGCCAAUCAGGUAACGGUGGUCGAAGCUGCAGUGACAAACAACGGUGCAGAAGUGGAAGAUGAUGAGAAUCCCGACAACAGAGGGAAGGAAAAGUUCAGCUCCCAUCCAACGAAAGCUGAAAUCCCUGCCAUCGCUGUUCUGAGCCCCGCCUCCAAUGUGCUCAACCCUUAUCGUCCCGACGAUCCUCCAGAAUCGGCAGAUUCUAUAAAAUCACCAGAGUCUGCAGAAUCAUCAGAGUCUGUGGAUACACCAGAGCUCGCAGAGUCACCAAAGUCUGCAGAAUCACCAAAGUCUGCAGAAUCAGCAGAGUCUGGAGAAUCAGCAGACUCUGUGGCAUCACCAGUGUCUGCUUAUGCACCAGAGUCUGCAGAAUCAACAAAGUCUGCAGAAUCACCAGAGUCUGUGGAAUCAUUAAAGUCUUCUGAUUCAGCAGAGUCAUCGGAAUCACCUGAGACCCCAGAAUCACCUGAGUCUCAAGAGUCUCUGGAAUUGCCAAAAUCUCCACAAUCGACCAAGUCAGAAUCAGAGUCAAGUUCAGAGGCAAACAAGGACAGAUACAAGGCAAGCAGUGAUUCUGAGUCUGAUGCCGCCACGGCUGGCAUUGACGAGGGUGGCAAUGGUGCUUACCUAUUGGCCACAUUUGACUUAGAAGAGGGAGGUGAGGUGGGGCCUGAGGUCUCAGAUGAGGAGGAGGCUCAGGCACAGGAAGGAAGAGAGACACCAGAAAUCGACUUGUCUGACGCGUCAGACGUGAUGGAAGGGGAGGAGAUCAGAGAAGAAGAAAACUCUUCCAAGGCUGACAAAGGGUCCGAUAGAAGUGUCAGCAUGGAGGAUGCUGACCUUGACAGAGAUGCCAUCAGGGAGGAUGUAAACAUGGAGGAGCAAAAUGUUCAAGAACCUGAAGAAAGCUCCCAAAUCCUUGACUCCACUGAGGCAACUCUUGUCGAAAAAUCAGACUCCACACCAUCCCACCCCAGGGAGUGAAUUAGCCCUUCAAGCUCCAACUGAGAGG